GUGUGAGUCCACCACCCUGAUACCCCCCCCCUGUGUGAGUCCACCACCCUGAUACCCACCGUGUGCACUUACCACCCUUAUAUACACCCCCUAUGUUACCUGGGUCCUCUCUUCCGGUUCCUCCGCUUGCGGCCGGUGGUCUCAUUCAUUCUCCACAUUGAGGCUGAAUUCCAGUUCUGCUCACAGCUGCGGAUUUGUUACAAUGUGUCAGUCUAUGUAAUUUCUGGGGUCCCUGCUGUUGCGUACAAACUGCACCGAUACAUUGGAACAAACUUUAGCUCUGAUUGAGCAUUCAGCCUUUAUAUAUAAAUUCACUGACCACGAGCAGAGACUUGACGAUGGGUUUUGUUGUAUCGGGUUUAGAUACAGCGGCGGCCAUGUUGGUUUGGUGAUGCUGUGCUGCAGCCCGCCCCCUGCUGUGUCUCCUCCCGUCUUGUUUCGCCUCUUCCCCGUUUUCUCCUUUUUCACCCUCCUCCUCUGUUGCUCUUGCAGCUCCCUCUGGGAAUGGACACCUCCUGCCCUCCUGUCCCCGUGGCCCUUGUCCACCCUGUCCCCACCGUUGUAUCCAAUGGCCCGGCCUGCCUUCCUGCCCCUCCAGUUACACCUCCUCCGCCUGUCCCCACCCCCCACGCGGCCGUGCCACCCUCACCCCAGCCGGACGCGGAGGAGGUGCUCGUGGACUGCCAGUCCAUCCUGUUCAGUGAGAAUCCCUUUGUGUUGGCGAACAAGAGGCGUUCGGCCUCCGGGGGCAUCUCGCUGGGUGGUCCUCCCAGGGGAUACGGCAACUCGGGCAUCCUGAAGACCACCGUGUACUCCAGCAAGACGCCAUCUGGAGACUUCACAACUGGAAACAAAAGGGACGCCCCGUCUUCUCCCUCCCCUUCGAGCACGCAGCAGGCGUCCAUUAACUUUUUGAGCCAAGGCGACAGUCCGACCGACUACUCCCUCCUCCCCCAGUGA